UGAGAAAGGAGAACGUAGAGGAAAAACAGGAAAAGUAUAGUUUUCUUCGGUGCUUAGCUGACAACCAACAAACAACUAGCUGAUAAUUAUUAGGCUAUACAACUUAAAAAUGUCUUAUGUUGUUUGGUUCCGAACAGUUAUGUUUUUCUGCGAGGAAACGUAAAUUAUUUGUACUUAAAAGCAGACUAAAAGGUUUUAUCCUUUUUUUGCGUUAGCUACCGUUAAAGGUGCGAGUUGGGCAAACCUGUUGUUCCCAAUUGUGGGGUAACGAGGUUAAAUCGAGGUAAAGAGUGAAGAGUGGUUCGGUUUGGGUAAUACCUUCACUGGUUCUCCACUUCUCUUUGCGCGAAGUGAUCAAGGAUGCCAGCAUGCCCUCUCUGUUAGUAUUACAUGUCCUUCUUUGGCUGGGCGUCCAAAGAUUUGCCCUCGGCGCCGAGCGCACUUCGACUCGGGAGCGUUUCAAAGUGGUAAUCGCUCCUGUGAUCUGCAAGAGGACAUGUCUUAAAGGGCAGUGCCAAGACACCUGUGAGCAGGGUAACAACACCACACUCAUUAGCGAGAACGGACGGUCCGCGGACACGCUCACGGGACCCGGCUUUAGAGUGGUUGUUUGUCCGCUCACCUGUAUGAACGGCGGAGUGUGCAGCUCACGCACUCAGUGUCUGUGCCCUCCUGGCUUCACGGGUCGGCUGUGCCAGUUUCGCCUGCGCCAGAUGCCUGAAGCCCCGGGGGCACAGGACAACACGCAGCACGUCUACGCCGUGCAGGCGGGGCCCGAUGCUCUGGGCCUGGGGGACAGCACAGGCCGGCAACAGAUGGCACAAACCCAUUCUGUCUUCACUCUGCCCCUGGCGCAAGGGGGCGGGCAUCACUCCUCAGAAGUGCAGUUUAAGGUACGUGUCCACCACAGCUCAGACACCUCUGUUGUCAUCCACUCCCUGGACCAGGGUAGACCGGACGUCAAGCGUCCUGGCAAAACCGUGCCCCGCCUGGUACACCCGACACACAAACCCAGGGGUCGCUGCUUCCAGGAGACCACGUCCAAACAGGAUUGUAGCAGUAACCCCCUCCCUGGAUUGACCAAUCAAGAGGAUUGCUGUGGUAGCGUGGGGAAUUCCUGGGGGCAAAACAAAUGCUACAAGUGCCCCCCUGUGUUGCCUUACCCCGGACCCCAAAAACUUCAGAACAUCAUUGAAGCCCGUGGCUCUGCCUGCCCACAUGGAUAUAAGAGACUGAACAGAACCCAUUGCCAAGACAUCAACGAGUGCACAAUGCAGGGCGUGUGUCAGAAUGGAGAGUGCUUGAACACACAGGGCAGUUUCCUGUGUGCUUGCAAACCUGGCUAUGUUCUGGACAGGACAAGCUGUGUGGCGGAGCCCCUGGUGGAGCUGGGGCCGUGCUUUCGCAUGGUGACGCGGGCGGGGAAGUGUGAGCACGCCCUGCCCACCGAGCUCUCUCAGGAGAUGUGCUGCUGCACUGUGGGCAAGGCCUGGGGCGGAGGCUGUGAGCGGUGCCCCCAGGAUGGCACAGCCUCUUUUAGCAAGAUCUGUCCUGCAGGGAAGGGCUAUUCCUUCCAGAGUUACAGAGGAACCCUCUCAUUCCCACCCCAGAUCCUGCAGAUCCUCCCAAACCUGGAACAGAGACCCCAGAUCCCCAAGACUGAAAAGGGAAAAGGGCAGCAAGACGUCAAGCUCCCAGUGCCCCGGAGGGAGUCUCCUGUGGAGACGACCACCCCCAUGCAAAUCUCCACCCUCAGCACCCAUGGGCCUCGGAUCCCCGUGAUCAUAGCCAAACCGAGCCCACCUCCCAUUGUGAAGAUCCACCCAGAAAGGGGAGCCUUUGAGGUGGCUCAGACACAGGUCGCACAGACGGACGAGUGCAGACCGGACAGGAACGUCUGUGGUCAGGGGGAGUGCGUCAACGGAAUCACUGGCUUCAGCUGCCGCUGCAAUGCAGGCUAUCGGCCCCACGCGCAGAGGAAGAGCUGUGUGGAUGAGGAUGAAUGUGAUUCCGACCCCUGUGGCCCUGGCAGAGGUUCUUGUAUCAACACCAUGGGCUCCUAUAGGUGCCGAUGUCUCCAUGGCUACAAGCUCAUGGUCCACAAAGGAAAGCUCAAGUGUGUUGAUGUGAAUGAGUGCUCCAAGCCACACACCUGCGGAGAGGGAGGGCAUUGUUUCAACUUCCCUGGCUCUUACAAGUGUGAAUGUUUCAAGGGCUACAAAAGCAAGUCACCUCGACAGCCGUCCUGUGAGGAUGUUAAUGAGUGCCUCGACCCCAGUGCUUGUCCUGACGAACAGUGCGAGAACAUACCCGGCUCAUAUGACUGCAUGCCGUGCAUGCCUGGCCACGAGGCCCGCGGGGGGGUCUGUUAUGAUAUCAAUGAAUGCCAGAAAAGAGAUGUGUGCCUCAAUGGACGCUGUGAGAAUUUGCCAGGUACCUACCGCUGCCUGUGUAAUGAGGGCUUCCUGCAUGAGUCUGACAGCAAGGGCUGCAGAGAUAUUGACGAGUGCGAAGACCACCGGUUAUGUGCCAAUGGGCGUUGUGUGAACACUGAGGGGUCCUUCCUUUGCCAGUGUUACCCAGGGUACAAGCCCACCAAGGAGGGGAGCCAUUGUGAAGACAUAAAUGAAUGUGAGAGACCUGCUAACUGCCAGAGGGGGCGCUGCAUCAAUACAAUGGGAUCCUAUCGGUGUGAGUGCCAGAAGGGCUUCAUGCUGGUCAGUGGGAGGCGCUGCCAAGAUAUUGAUGAGUGUGCCAGGGACAGAGGUCUCUGCCAACCCCAUGGAGUGUGUGAGAACAAGCAGGGCUCGUACAUCUGCCUGUGCAAUGAGGGCUUCGCCAGUUCUGAGGACAAGCGCAGCUGUGAUGCAGAGAUUGAGGUGUACAUGGAUGAAAAGAAGGAGUGCUACCUGAACCUGGAUGACACUGUAUUCUGUGACAGUGUUCUGGCCACCAAUAUUACCAAACAGGAGUGCUGCUGCUCCAUUGGUGUGGGCUGGGGAGACCACUGCGAAAUCUACCCAUGUCCCGUCUACCACUCAGUGGAGUUCCACUCUCUGUGUCCCAUUGGGAAAGGGUUUUACCACCAGGAAGGGGUGACCCAGUAUGGUCUGGCAGUUCACCGUGAUAUUGAUGAAUGUGUGCUCUUUUCCAACGAGAUCUGCAAAGAGGGCCGGUGCAUGAACACCCAGCCGGGAUAUGAGUGCUACUGCCAGCAGGGCUUCUACUAUGACAGCAACCUGCUGGAGUGCAUCGAUGUUGAUGAAUGCCACGAUGAGUCCCUGUGUGACAACGGGCGAUGCAUCAACACCCGGGGGUCCUUCUACUGCACAUGCAAGGCCCCCUGGAUUCCCGAUGCCUCCAACAAGAAAUGUGUGGUCCCCACUGUCUCAGGUGUGGACGAGUGUCAGGACCCCGGCAACUGUAAGAACGGGCACUGUGUGGACACCUCAGAUUCCUUCUACUGCAUCUGCUCCCCACCCUUUAUCCUUGCCACUGAUCGCAACAGCUGUGUCACGCCAGAGGAACAGGCAGAUGUGAAUGAGUGCCAAGACCCCUCGUACUGUAGGAACGGAAGGUGUGUCAACACGCCUGGCUCCUUCCACUGUAUUUGUGCUCAGCCUCUCACCUUCAGCGCUGCUCUCAAACAGUGUGUCUACGAUGACCGCACAGCUGCCCACAGGGACGUGUGUUUCCUGGAGGUGGAUGAAGGUCUGAUCUGCACCAUGCCCAGGAAGGACAUUGUGGUCACAUACUCUCAGUGCUGCUGCCACUACGGGCGUGGCUGGGGGCCCGAAUGCCGCACCUGUCCAGAAAGGAACUCAGUGAUCUUCAACCGUCUGUGUCAGAUGCACUUAGAAACAGAGUCAGACGGUGAGGGCGAUUCCCUGGCAGCUUUCACCCACUACAAUCCAGGAGACAGCUCAGAAGAGGACUCGGAUGAGUGCAGCUGUGCUAAUGGCCGCUGCGUCAGGUCCUAUCUUGGCACCAUGUGUGAGUGUAACCCGGGCUUCCGACUGGACCACUCUCGCACCCGCUGCGUAGAUAUUGACGAAUGCAACGAACCCGGCCUGCGCGUGAACUCCUGUAAGAACGCCCGCUGCGUCAACACCAUGGGCUCCUUCAAGUGUCUCUGCAAACACGGCUUCGUCCCGGCGCGACGACCCAACAUAUGCGUCCGCACCAAGGCCCUAUAACAGGGCCUCCUCCCCGCCCCAGCCGGGGGUGCCCAUGUCACAAGCACACCAACGCCCACGCCGAGCCGCCCAAUCCCACUCCUUCCCUCUGCUGCUUUACCGGAUGAAACCCGACCAUAACUGUGGAUGUGUCUUUUUUAGUUUUGAAUACUUUCAAACCGAACUGUUACGGCACAUCAGCCUUUUUCCUUUA